AUGAAGAAGCUCUUCUAUCGCAGAUCACAUUCAAAUAAUAGCAGCAGCAAUAAUCAACUCUCUCCGCCACCGGCCGGUAGAAUCAACAAGUCUGGGAAAAACAAGCAUGGUUCAGAAGAUCCAGUUUUUGGCAGCACUCAUAGUCUAAGAAGAAGCAGCUCCUUUUCAUCCGGGAGUUUUUUUGAUGGUGGUAAAGGCCCAACGAACAAUGCUAACCAAACUGGGUCUCCUUGCAGUAGUCCCGGUUAUUAUUAUUCAAAUCAGCCGCCAGGACGCCUCUCCUCUCGUUCUCGUCCUCAAACUCCGGAAAGGCUGAAAACCAGAUCAGAAUGCAUUGAUGCAGCUAUGGUUCCGAAUGCACACAGAGCAAACUCUGAUUUGUCAGAGGACUCUCUUUAUUGCUCGAGUAACGUCUCGAGUAGCAUUUUGGAUCGAUACAUUGAUGGCGAGCAAGAGUUGGAUGAAAGGUUAUCGAAAACCAACUCCUCACAGUUUGACAAGCGUCCGCCUAUGCUUCAGUUGGCUGCUGCACGUGAUGCUAGACAACGGAAACCCAAAUCCCAAUCCUUCAGAGAAGCCAAAAUAAGACCUACACAUUGCAAUGAGUCUCCACGGGAACUUGCAAAACAUGUGGUUGAGAGGCUUUCUUCACGGUCUCACUUUUUGGGGUCAAAAGAGUUUGAUCAUCACGACAGUCCAAUUACCAUAGAUGAUAUCUAUGGAAGAACCUUUAACAAUGGGUGCUCCAAUGUGUACCCUGAAGGAGCAUCUUCAGAAAAUUUGCACGCAGAGACCAGUGAUGGGUCUCCUCUUCAUGAAAAAACUCUGGGGUUCUUGGAAAAAGAUGCUGUAGUGGACAAUGAUGUACAUUUAUUCAGAAAAUUUGAAGAAGCUGAGAACCGUGCUGCAAUUCUCUCACAAGAGUUUGGGAUGGAAAACUAUCUUGAAUGUGGAGGAUAUAGUGUGGCGGAACUUGUUCAAAUGAUUAGAAGCUUAACAGAGGAGAAGCUACAUAUGGCCCUAGAAGUUUCAACUGUCCUUGAGGAUAGGAUUGCCGAAAAAGGCUUCCUCAAGGAAAAAUUUAAACUAGCAAUGGUAGAGCUUGAUGCACAGACCCGGCGAUUGACAAAGGAAAAAAAUGAGUUGCAGUUGACUCUUGAGAAGGAGUUGGAUAGGAGAUCAAAUGAAUGGUCCCAAAAGCUUGAGAAAUUACAGACAGAGGAACAUAGGCUUCGGGAGAGGGUGAGGGAGCUAGCUGAGCAGAAUGUUGCACUCCAAAGGGAAGUCUCGUCUUAUAGUGAAAGGGAAAUGGAUUCCAGAAACAGAAUCACUCUCUCUGAGAAACAGCUUGGGGAUUUAUCUGAUCAGUGUAAAGAUGCUAUGGAGGAGAAUCAUUAUUUGCAGAGAAGUCUAUCUGAAAUGCAAGAGAAAGCCAGAGCAGCUGAAGAGGAACGUGAUUGCAUCCGAAGGAACUAUGAGGAUAAGGUUGCUGAGUGUAAGAACUCGCACCAAUCCAUCAGUAGACUUCAAAGAACCUGUAAUGAACAAGAAAAAACAAUUGACGGGCUACGAGGGCUCUGUGAGGAGGCACUUGGUAAGAAAAUUUCUCAGGAAAGUCUUUAUUUUGGAUCUGCAAAGCUGCAGGUUGAGCAUAUGAGGCUGACUGAAGUGGAGCAUGGUCUGAGGAAGGAAGUUGAAUCGUACAGAGCGGAGGUUGAUUCACUUCGACGUGAAAACAUUGAUCUGCUCAAUCGUCUAAAAAAGGAUGGGCCAUUUUCGACUUUUAAAUUGGAUCAGGAAUUAGAGAGCCGUGUUAGCUGCUUGGAAUAUCAAAUUGUCCCGUUGCUAAUGGACAGCACCCAGCUUGGCAGGAAAUUAAUUGAAUCUGUCAUAACCAAUGGUCAAGCUUCUGCUACGUGUUUAGAUGGUCAUGCUCUUGUUGAAUGUGAAGUGAAGCUCAAAGGCCUAGAGAGGGCAGCAGAAAAUGUAACAAGCAGUUUGCGGACUGUGUGUAGUGUCCUUUCGGUCCUGCCUCAUGAGAAGUAUUGUCUAGUUCGCACAGACACCCAAUCGGCUAGCUCGGUUGACGAAUUGUACAAAUGGAACGAGCACAAAUCAGAGGACAUUGUCAGAUCAGCCCUGAAAGCAGAGACGUUAUUGACCAGUUUGUUGCGUGAGAAGCUUUAUUCCAAGGAACUCGACUUGGAGCAACUGCAGGCAGAGCUUGCUGCUGCUGUCAGAGGAAAUGACAUUCUCAAAUGUGAAUUGCAAAGUGAAGUCGAUAAUUUUUCUUGCUUAAACCACAAGAUGAAAGAACUUGAACUUCAGACGAUGAAAAAGGGUGAGACAAUUAAUCAACUACAAGGUGAUCUGCAAGAAUGCCAGCGAGAAUUGGCUAUAGCGAGGGGAAUAUUGCCGAAGGUAUCUGAAGAGAGAGAUAUGUUGUGGGAGGAGGUUAAGGAGUAUUCUGAGAAGAACAUGUUAUUGAAUUCUGAGAUGAAUGUGUUGAGAAAGAAAAUAGAGACCCUUGACGAAGAGAUACUACUUAAAGAAGGCCAAAUCAGCAUUUUGAAAGACAGUCUCGAUAAACCUUUUAGCCUUCUUGGUAGCCUGGACUCUACCGAUAAUUUCCGCUGGCCAAAUAAGAACUGA